CUCCUCAACUACAUCCAGCAUUAUCCAUAGAGAUCAAUCAAUUUCAAUUGGGCACAGCUAGUAGUAACCUUUCCAACAUUAAUUGAAUCAUUGUAUUAAUAUAGUUAUUAACCCAACUUUUCAUUCCAUUUCAAUUACCCCCCUAUCGAUAUGAGUAGUAUUGGAACGCCGGCCGUUGUCAUGGACAAUGGUACCGGAUACACCAAAUUAGGAUUCGCCGGUAAUGACGCACCAUCAUUUGUGUUCCCCACCGCCAUUUCCACCUCAACAGCUUCUUCCAAAACUUCCAAAGGUGGACCAAGAUCCACUAACUUGGCCUCCAAACGAGGAUUGGAAGAUUUAGACUUUUAUAUCGGAGACGAAGCCCUUGAGGCAGCCAAUGGACCAAACUAUAGUUUGUCUUAUCCUAUAAAGCAUGGUCAAAUCGAAGAUUGGGAUCAGAUGGAAAGAUUCUGGGAGAGCUCCAUCUUCAAAUACUUGAGAUGUGAACCGGAAGAUCACUACUUCUUGUUGACUGAACCUCCUUUGAACCCACCGGAAAAUAGAGAAAGCACAGCGGAAAUUAUGUUUGAAAGUUUCAAUUGUGCCGGGUUGUACAUUGCUGUCCAGGCAGUGUUGGCUUUAGCUGCCAGUUGGACCUCUCCAAAGGUUCAAGACAGAUCCUUGAGUGGUACCGUUAUCGACUCGGGUGACGGUGUCACCCACGUUAUCCCUGUUGCUGAAGGUUACGUCAUCGGUACCGCUAUUAAGAACAUCCCAUUGGCCGGAAGAGACAUCAGUUCAUUUAUUCAACAAUUAUUGAGAGACCGUGGAGAAGCCGACACUAGUUUGCAAACUGCCGAAAAGAUAAAGGAGCAGUUUUGUUAUGUUUGUCCCGAUAUCGUGCAGGAGUUUUCCAAGUUUGACCAUUAUCCAAAGGAAAAGUUUGCUCAAUACAUUGUCGAAUAUACCGAUAGAAACAAGAAGAAUAUCGUUGAUGUUGGUUAUGAGCGAUUUUUGGCACCGGAAAUCUUUUUCAAUCCCGAAAUUUGCUCUUCCGACUUUUUGACCCCAUUGCCAACUGUUGUAGACCAGGUCAUCCAAGCUUCUCCUAUUGAUGUUCGUAAGAAGUUGUACAAGAACAUUGUGUUAUCCGGUGGUUCAACCAUGUUCAAGGACUUUGGUAAGAGAUUACAAAGAGAUUUGAAGGUGCUUGUCAACGAAAGAAUUCACUUGAGUGAACGUUCCAGUGGAGCUCAAAGUACUGGGGUUGAAGUUCAAGUUAUUUCUCACAAGAAGCAAAGAAAUGCCGUUUGGUUUGGUGGUUCUUUGUUGGCGCAAACUGCUGAAUUCAAGAGCUACUGUUACACAAAGAGAGAUUAUGAUGAGCAAGGACCAAAUAUUGUUAGAAACUUCUCUUUAUUUGCUGUACCAUAGACUGUAGGGAUACACAAAUAGCAAAAUAUACAUCUAGAUGUC